CAGUCUCUCCUUGUCUGUGUCAGUGUAUGGCCUACUGCCACCCAAUUGCAGUAAAUAACAAUAAUAAAUUGAAUACCGACAGUGUUGAAGAAUAUAGAGGAAGAGCCGUGGGAACACAAAUGGAGCACAGUUCCGUGACGACUCUGGUCAGGACAAGACAAGCGCUCCGGGUGUUGACACGUUUCCACAGCUUCAGCCCCCAAUUCUGCGAGCAAAAAGAUAUAUUUCUUGGCAAUAUGGUGGCUAAUGGGGAGGCAGACACCGCGACGCCUGCGAAGCAGCAGAUGAAAUGGAACAACGUGAUACUGCUGACUGUGAUACAUCUCCUAGCCUUAUACAGUCUCCUCGUUGUGGUUCCACGUGCUAAACUGCUGACUGUUCUCUGGG